AAAAGAGGAAAAAGGAGAAAACGAAGAAUUGAAGGAGAAAGGAGGCAGAGGUGGGGGGAAUUAAGGUAAUUCGUUUGGCCUCUUCCUCUCUGCCUUAGGCCUUAGGCCAUAUCUAAGGCAGAGAGUCUCUAACCUCGAAACAUUAAUAAUGGCGUUCCAAGACUUUGGCAUGUUAUCGGAACGUCGAAAGGCUGAAAGAAAAGAGAAGCAUAAAAGGAGGAUCACCAUUGCUGCAGCGAUAGGGUUCGUUCUUUUCAUCCUACUCGCUUCCGGGGUCAUGCUCAUCAAUAAAUCCAAGGAGAACAAGAAUUCUCAGGAUCAGAAUGACAAAAAGAGUGACUCCGGCAAUGAGAUAGCAAAGUGGAGUAAGGCAAUCAAGAUGAUCUGUGCACCUACGGAUUACAGGCAAGCAUGCGAGUCCAGCCUCUCCAAAAUGAAUAAGAACACCUCGUCCAACGCCCAUUCUCCCAAACCCUUGGAACUUCUCAAGGCUUCCAUCACCGUGAUCGCUGACGAGGUGGAGAAGGCCGUCCACAACUCCUCUAAAUUCAAAUUCAGCAACCCUGCGGAGAAGGAUGCGUUCGAGGACUGUAAGGUACUCCUUGCGGAUGCCAAGGAAGAGCUACUGGAAUCCAUCUCCAGUGUGGGCAAAGGCACCGAUGUCACCAAUCUCGUCUCCAAGUCCCACGACCUCAACAAUUGGUUGAGUGCGGUGAUAUCGUACCAGCAGACCUGCAUCGAUGGGUUUCCUGAUGGCAAGUUGAAAACUGGGAUGAAGAAGUCGUUGGAUAAGGCCAAGAAACUCACCAGUAAUGCCCUUGCCAUCGUCUCCGAGGUCACCUCCUUACUAUCUGCGCUGCAGAUUCCGGGAUUUGACCGUCGCCGUCGUCUUCUGGGGCAAAGGGAGACCAUGAGGCCCAUGACACAAUCAUAUGUUGGUGAUGAUGAUGAUGAGGAUGGUCUUCCAAUCUGGAUGUCACAUGAGGAUCGUAGGAUGCUUAAAGGGAAGGGCCCCUCCAACAAGCCCAAGCCUAAUGUUGUGGUGGCCAAGGACGGGAGUGGAAAAUUCAAGACCAUUUCAGAGGCAUUGGCGGCCAUGCCUAAAAAAUACACUGGACGAUACGUGAUAUAUGUGAAGGAAGGGAUUUUUGACGAGACUGUGACUGUGACCAAGGAGAUGGUAAAUCUUACCAUGUACGGAGACGGAUCUAGAAAGACAAUCGUCACAGGAAACAAGAACUUCGUCGAUGGCGUUAGGACCUUCCAGACUGCAUCCUUUGUGGCAUUAGGAGAGGGUUUCAUAGCAAAAGCAAUGGGAUUCAGGAACACGGCCGGUCCAGAAAAGCAUCAGGCGGUGGCCAUCAGGGUGCAAGGUGACCGUUCGAUAUUCCUGAAUUGUAGGAUGGAGGGUUACCAAGACACACUAUAUGCUCAAACUCACCGGCAGUUCUAUCGGAGCUGUGUGAUAUCUGGCACAAUAGACUUCAUCUUUGGAGAUGCAUCUGCAAUCUUCCAGAAUUGCUUGAUCUUGAUCAGGAAACCCUUAGACAACCAACAAAAUAUCAUCACUGCCCAAGGAAGGACCGACAAGCGUGAGACCACUGGAUAUGUCCUCCAAAAUUGCCGCAUCCAACCAGAUACAGACCUGGAACCUGUGAAAGCAAAGUUCAAAAAUUACCUAGGGCGGCCAUGGAAGGAGUAUUCCAGGACCGUCGUCAUGGAAUCAACUAUCUCUGAUCUUAUCCAUCCAGACGGCUGGUUACCAUGGAGUGGGGACUUCGCUCUCAAGACAUUGUCUUAUGCUGAAUACAAUAACAAAGGACCGGGAGCUAACCUUAAAGCCAGAGUCAAAUGGCCUGGCUAUAAGGUUAUUACUAAGAAGCAAGCCCAGGAGUUCACUGUGGAACCUUUCUUGCAAACAGACUGGAUCAAGAACUCAGGCACCCCUGUCAAACUAGGCUUCUUUACUUGAUCGAUGAAACCCACAUAACUUAAUUUGACACUCAUGUUUAACCUACGUUUAUUUAGCUUCAGUUGGAUCUCCCUGAUCAUAUUUAUGUCUUGUUUUGAUGAGGUUGAGGAACCGAGUUUGAUUGAAAGGGAGAAUGCGGAUAUGGGUUUUCCACAUUUUUUCACUUGGGUUGGGUUGGGUUGGUUUCGACUAAGAUAUUUUUGACAUUUAUUUAUUUAUUUAUUUAUUGUUGUUCUA